AUGUUGCAAAGACCGCUGGCCUCCCAUGUUACCCGUCUGCAGCAGAAGCUCGGCACGAUCGUCGUCAGCGUCGGCGUCGACAUGUGCAAAUUCACCACCUGCAACACAGGAUGCCGCACCAAGAACACGGCCACAUUUGAUGGCGUUCUCGUCGAAGCCAACGCCACCGCGUUCGUCGGCGUGAACGCAAAGUCGACGGACAAGUGCGAGUGCCCGGUCAAUUCGCCCGCUCAAUGCCACCACGGUCUCUGCCACAACGGAGGCGUGUGCCACAACACGAACCCCGGAUUCUUCUGCGAGUGCCGCAACGAUGAGCUGAAGGGCCUGCGAUGCCAAGGGACCACUCGAUCGUUCUCCGGCAACGGCUACGCAUGGUACAAGAACGUGCCCGCCUGCACCGCCCUCGACAUUUCCCUCCAAUUCCUCACCAGCCAUUCCGACGGCCUGCUCCUCUACAACGGUCCGAUGUCAGACAGCUCGGAUCGCUACGAAAUCAAAUACCGCGACUACAUCCUUCGGGCGCUGCGCGGUGGCCAAGUCGUGCUGGAGAUGAACAUCAACGGGCAGGCCUCCUCUAACGUCACCGUGCAAUCCGGGCCGCUCAACGACGGGAAAUGGCAUGAUGUACACAUACGACAAGACGGCCGCUACAUCGAGCUGGUCGUCAAUGGGUGCCGGUAUUUGACGGGCGGAGCCGAUGGACAGGGUACACCAAAGCGCAUCUGCGACCCCGGCUACGGCGGCGAUCGCUACGAGAAGAAACUGGCCUGGGUACAAUUCGGCGUGAACAGCUACCUGGAGUACAGCGUGAUGAACGCGAUGCUGGACGAGCAGUGGACCGACGUGGAUUUGCUGUUCAUCCCCGGCAGGACGGCCUCCUCGUCGGAAGGGUCGUACGGCUCGGAUGGGCUGAGCAGCUACGUCUCUGCCUCCGUCGAGGGCCAGAUCCCGACUGCCAAUAUUUUGAUCCAGAACAACGCGCAGCCGGGCACCGCACCGACCACCCUGCAGCUACCGGGCGUGCAGCUGAAGGAGAACGUCUCGUACUGGAUGCAGCUGGAGCGGAACCCGACUCGUGCACAGCUCGCCGUCGACGGCUCGUACAUUGAUCGACAACCCUUGGACCCUACGAAGCAAUCGUUCGCGUUGGCCAUCAAGGAUUUGCUGUUCUCGUCGAAGGGACAGGGAUCGGCAAGAGUUUUCCGGGGAUGCGUCGGCACGUAUAGAUGCCAAGGGCCGUUGAUGUUGUUGGUGAUGUUGGCGUUGAUCGGAUCGGCUUCUGCAGCUGGGCUUCAAGAAUGGGAGCGUCUCAGCUCAACCCUUUGGGCCUGGUUGUGGACACUUGUGGGUGUUUUUGCGGGACGGCCCGUCGAUGAGCUGAUCAAGAGUUACUCGCUGGAGAGCCGGGCUUAUUGGCUGGGAGUCGGCCUGGGCGCCGGCGCGGCCGCCUACCUCUUUUAUUGUUGGGUAGCUUAUCGACGGACCGCGGAAAGAAGCCCAUAUUUCGAAUUGCCCGUCCCCCUGUACCGAUGCGUCGCGAGAAACUGCCAUUGCCCUCCUGUACCUGAGAGACUUUGCCUCGUUCGGGAAUGCGAAGAGCUGGGCUGCCACCGCCUUUUUCACCACGAUUGCAUCCCGAUUAGUGUUUUGCUGGCCCAGCGCGCUGGCGAGGAUCGAAAGCUCUACUGCAGGGACUGCCUGCGAAGACGCCAA